AUGGAACUCAAGACAGCAGAUCAGAAAAUGCAGGAUUUUAAGACACAGAUUAAUCUGGCUGAGAGAGAGCAGCAGAAAUCCUUCUCUGAGAAGGCAGUGAAGAGAGAUUUUAAGAUAGUUAUUAUCUCAGAUAAGAAGAAGAAGAAGAAGAAGAAUAAGAAGUGA